AUGUUUUAGAAGAUAAUUAGAGGACAGCUAUAAGGAUUUUAAGCUUAAAAGUGGUCUCUAAUGACCCUCCAAGAUCUUCAAGGAUGCUUAAAAUUGCUUGAUGGAAAAGCAAGUAAGAUGGUCAUAAGAAUUAGGUAAUGUUAGUUUUCUGAUAGUAAUAUAUAAGUCUAUACGUCUAUGGGAUGUCAAAACAGGAUAAUAAAAAUAAAAGUUAGAUGGUGAUAGAUAUUAUGAUAACUCUAUUCUAUUAUGGGAUGUUAAGAAAGGAUUAUAAAACGCCUAAAUAGAUGGUCAUAUUCAUAUUGUUUUCUAAGUCUGUUUCUCUCCUGAUGGAAAUACUUUAGCUUCUGGUAGUAGUGAUAAGUCUAUACGUCUAUGGAAUGUUAAAACUGGAUAAUAAAAAGCCUAAAUAGAUGGUCAUACUAGUGAAGUUUUAUCAGUCUGUUUCUCUCCUGAUGGAAAUACAUUAGCUUCUGGUAGUAAUGAUAACUCUUUUCUAUUAUGGGAUGUUAAGAAAGGAAAAGAAAUUUUUCCUGCUGACAAACCUUAUAAAGAUCUUCUUGUCAAACUUAAAGCACCACUAUUUUAAAACAAUCCUCUACUGUGUAUUUUUUAUUAUUAUUUUUUAGUAUCCAGCAAUAUUACAAUUCUACAAAUAUCUCAAACAAAAUUAUUUUAAGUAUAAGGAACGUUAAUCUUUAAAGGAGAUUAUAUAAAUUUUGAGGGAGACGAUUUGAAAUCAUUGUUUAAAUCAAAAGGAAGUUGCUUUUUAGAUGAUUUAAAGUAAAAGUGA